AUGGUCAAGCUCUCGGACGAGAUCGAGCAGAAUCCUGAGCUCUACGGACUCAGGCGAUCAGGCAGAGACAGAAAGGUAGCGUCAUUAGCUGAGGAAAGCGACGAAGACGAGCCAGUCUCUAGAAGGAAAAAGACGGUUUACGAGGACUACGACGAUGAGAGUCCCGAAGAGCUGGAGGACUCAGACGACGAGGACUUUGGAGUCAGUAAGAAGCGUAAGCUGAAUCUGACUCGUGCCUUCAGCACUGCUAAGCAGAAGAAUGGCAGACGUAAUGGCAGGAGCAAAACAGCGUCUGCACACGUCACUCCGACACCUCCGGCAGAAGUGAGAUUCUCGACAAGAAACAACAACUCUCAGGUCAACUACGCUGUUGACUAUGAGGACGACGAGGAUCUCGUGGAAAGCGAAGAAGAAGGUGCCGGUGACUACUACUAUUACGAACAAGCUAUGGCAGAAGAGUCGGCUCGCUCGAUAGACGCUGUCUUGGACCACAAGCUCAAUCCAGAAAAUGCCGAACAAACUGGCGACCCAAAGCUCGACUACUUAUUCAAGAUCAAGUGGUCGGACGCUUCUCACUUGCACAACACAUGGGAACCUUGGCCCACGCUCAAGGAAUUCAAAGGUAGCCGGAGAGUCGAGAACUACAUCAAGCAGUUCAUCAUCUUGGAUCAAGAGAUUCGUGAUGAUCCUUAUACCACCAAGGAAGACAUCGAGGCAAUGGACAUCGAGCGCGAGCGUAAGAGAGACGAACAAGAAGAAUAUACUCAGGUUGAGCGUAUCGUCGAUAGCGAUAGAGUUGAGCUUGAUGACGGCACCUCGCAACUACAGUACUACGUCAAGUGGAGGAGACUCUACUACGAUGAGUGUUCUUGGGAAAAUGCUGAAACGAUCGCCGAGAUUGCUCCAGAGCAGGUCAGCAAGUACCAGCUGCGUCUUCAAUCAAAGAUUCUUCCUAACUUGUCUGCCAACUAUCCACAGAACCAGAGACCUCGUUUCGAGAAGUUGAACAAGCAGCCGUUGUUCAUCAAGAACGGUGAAUUGAGAGACUUCCAGUUGACCGGUUUGAACUGGAUGGCUUUCUUAUGGUCGCGUAACGAGAAUGGUAUCUUGGCAGACGAGAUGGGUCUUGGUAAGACCGUUCAAACUGUGGCCUUCUUGUCAUGGUUGAUCUACGCACGCAGACAAAAUGGUCCUCACUUGGUCGUGGUCCCUCUCAGUACUAUUCCAGCAUGGCAAGAGACUUUUGAGAAGUGGUCCCCGGAUGUAAACUGCAUUUACUACUUGGGUAACACCGAGGCCAGAAGAAACAUCCGUGACUACGAGUUCUACGGCUCCACCAACAAGCCUAAGUUCAAUAUCCUUUUAACCACCUACGAAUAUAUUUUGAAGGACAGAAAUGAGCUUGGCGCUUUCAAGUGGCAGUUCCUCGCUGUUGAUGAGGCUCAUAGAUUGAAGAACGCAGAGUCUUCGUUGUAUGAGUCUUUAAAGCUGUUCAAGGUGGCCAACAGAUUGUUGAUUACCGGUACACCGUUGCAGAACAACAUCAAAGAGCUUGCGGCCUUGUGUAACUUCUUGAUGCCAGGAAAGUUCAACAUUGACCAGGAGAUCGACUUCGAAGCUCAAGACGCAGAACAAGAAGAGUACAUCAAGUACUUGCAACUGAGUAUCAAGCCAUUCAUCUUGAGACGUCUCAAAAAGGAUGUGGAGAAGUCUCUUCCGUCUAAAUCGGAACGUAUUCUCAGAGUCGAGUUGUCCGAUGUGCAAACCGAAUACUACCGAAACAUCAUUACCAGAAACUAUGCCGCUUUGAAUGCCGGUAUCAAGGGCUCUCAGAUUUCCUUGUUGAACGUGAUGAGUGAGUUGAAGAAAGCCUCGAACCAUCCCUACUUAUUCGAUGGCGCUGAAGAGAAGUUCCUUGUCAAGGCAGGGGGUGCUUCUAGGGACAAUAUCCUCAAGGGUAUGAUCAUGAACUCUGGUAAGAUGGUGCUUCUAGAACAACUUUUGACGAGGUUGAAGAAGGAAGGCCACAGAGUGUUGAUCUUCUCGCAAAUGGUGAGAAUUCUUGAUAUCUUGGGUGACUACAUGUCUAUCAAAGGCUACCAGUUUCAGCGUUUGGAUGGUGGUAUUCCAUCUGCACAAAGAAAAAUCUCCAUCGAUCAUUUUAAUGCACCAGACUCCAGAGACUUUGCAUUCUUGUUGUCCACAAGAGCCGGUGGUUUGGGUAUUAACUUGAUGACGGCUGAUACGGUUAUCAUCUUCGAUUCUGACUGGAAUCCACAAGCCGACUUGCAGGCCAUGGCUCGUGCUCAUAGAAUCGGUCAGAAGAAGCACGUCUCAGUGUACAGAUUUGUCAGUAAGGAUACUGUUGAAGAGGAGAUUCUUGAAAGGGCCAGAAAGAAGAUGAUUCUCGAGUACGCAAUUAUCUCUUUGGGAAUGAACGAUCCAAACACAGGCAAGAAGAACAAGAACGAGCCCAACUCGAGUGAGCUUGCGCAGAUCUUGAAGUUUGGUGCAGCUAACAUGUUUGCAGCCUCUGAUAAUCAGAAGAAAUUGGAGGAAUUGAACUUGGACGAUGUCUUGAACAGAGCCGAAGAUCAUGUCACCACUCCUGAAAUUGGCGAGUCCAACUUGGGAUCCGAGGAGUUCUUGAAGCAGUUCGAGGUCACUGACUACAAGGCAGAUGUCGAGUGGGAUGACAUUAUUCCACAAGAUGAAUUGGUCAAACUCAAAGAAGAGGAGAAGAAGAAGGCCGAGGAGGACUAUCUCAACGAGCAAAUUGCUAUGUAUUCUCGCAGAAGAGCUGCCGUCAAACAAUUGCAAGGAGGAACUCCAGACACCAGUGGUGUUGAUGAAGAUGACGAAGAAGAGGGCAGUGGAAGACGUGCUGCUAGAAAGAAGGUGGAAGAAAACCAUGAGUUGUCUGAGAAGGAAAUUCGUGGUAUUUAUAGAUCCAUCCUCAGAAUUGGCGAUUUGUCUGGCAAAUGGAAUCAACUUGUCGAAGAGGGCAGUAUUUCCAACAAGAACCCUGUUCUCAUCAAGCAUGCCUACAAUGAGAUUCUCAGCAUCUCCAAGAAAUUGGUGAAGGAAGAAGAGGCAAGAAGAACAGAAGCUCUUGCUGAGUUGGAGAGAAAGGCCAAGGAGUCAAAGUCCUCAACCGUGCAAACGGAUGGCGAGAACCCAAUGGCUUUGUGGAUUGCUAAAAAGAAGGAGAAGAAGGCUGUCUUGUUUACCUAUCAAGGCGUGAAGAACAUCAACGCUGAACUAGUCUUGUCCAGACCACCAGACAUGAGACUUCUUGAGUCCCUCAUUCCUAAGGAGAACCCACUCUCGUUCGAACUUCCACGCACUCCAAAGCUGGUGCUGAACUGGAACUGUCAGUGGAGCGCUAAGGACGAUGCUAUGCUUCUUGUCGGUGUCAACAAGUUUGGUUACGGCUCAUGGACACAGAUCAGAGAUGACCCGCUCUUGGGCUUACAGAACAAGCUUUUCCUCGAAGGUGCCAGCAAGGCGAACGAGAAGCCUUCUGAGAAGGAGGCGAAGGGCUCCAACAAAAAGGUGCCAGGCGCAGUUCACAUCGGAAGAAGAGUCGACUACUUGUUCUUCCUUUUGAGAGGCGAAGAGGACGGUGCAGCAGCAGGCACCAAUGGUACCACGAAGAAGAAGACUGUCAAGAAGCCCAAGGCUGAAGCCAAGCCAAAGAAGACCACCAAGUCGCAAUCGCCAGAUGUCAAGGUCAAAAAACCCAAGGCCAAAAAGACUGGUUCUGGCUCCAACAUCAACUCUCCAAAGCUUGAUAGUCAUCCUACCAUGAAGAUCAAAAAUGAUGAGGACCACCACGACGAGAACGAUGACUACUUGGAGUACGACAGCAUGGAUGAAAGAUUGUGCAAGGCUACUUUGAAGCCCGUUGCCAAGUCAUUGAUGAAGUUGCACAAGGGCAACCAGGGCUUGGGUAAGCACGAGUGGGCCAUGUUGCUCAGAAAAGAGUUGGUCAACAUUGGUGAGUUUAUUGAUGACACCUGCAAGGAGAAGAAGGACGACAAGUUCAGCAAGCAUUUGUGGUCUUACGCCAGUUUCUACUGGCCCGCCAAGGUGCCCAGUCUGAAGAUCACUGCCAUGUAUACUAGAAUCAAGAGCCAGGCUGACGCUCCCAAGAAGGAUGCCCCAAAGAAGGAGUCCAAGGAUGAGACAAAGAAGGAGCCUAAAGAGGAACCUAAGAAGGAGGCUACAGAGAAGCCAAAGGAGACUAAGGAGCAGCCGUCUGAGAAGCCUAAGGAGCAGCCUCAGGAGAUCAAGAAGGAAGCUAUUCAGGGCGAGGCGCCUAAGCUUGAGGAGAAGGCUCAGGCAUAA